CAGUAGGGGCAACCAUUAUUCCGUAUUGGGGACGCAGGUGGUACACUUCAUAUUCAACAUUUCUUUUUUUCAUACACAUUUUUCACAUUCUUCCACUGUGGGUGGUAAUUAACGACAGCAUACAAGCCAUUAAUGUUGGGGUAACUGAACUAGAACUAGUGCUUUCUCCAAUUAGAGGGUGUUUUUGUCCGCGGCCGGCAUGGCGAUCGCGGCCGCGGCCACUGAGUACGUGUUUUCGGACUUUUUGUUAAAAGACGCCGUGGAGCCCAAAUACAAGGGGGUGCGUCUGGAGCUGGCGGUGGACAAAAUAGUCACGUUUCUGACGGUGGGGCUCCCUUUGUUCCUCAUUUCUCUCGCCUUUGCCCAGGAGGUGUCAGUAGGUACCCAGAUUAGCUGCUUUCCUCCCACAAAGUUUUCCAUGAGACAAGCUGCAUAUGUUGACUCUUUUUGCUGGGCAGCAGUGCAGCAACAAGCCAAUGGUUCUCCACUGUGGGUACACAAGUUCUUUCCAUACAUCCUGCUCUUACUGGCCAUCCUCAUGUAUAUCCCAGCCUUGCUGUGGCGUUUCACAGCCGCCCCUCACCUCUCCUCUGACCUCAGAUUCAUCAUGGAGGAACUGGACCGUUUUUAUAACCGUGCCAUCCAACUGACAAAGAAUCUGGCAUCUUUAGAUAAGAGGGAUGCAACUGAAGACACACGUAGCAAUGUUUUGGAAUUGACUGAGGGCUGUCUAAAAUACCCUUUAGUGGAACAGUAUCUGAAGACAAAACGCCUCUCUCGUGGGGUCGUGGUCAAGUACGUGGCCUGUCGGGGCCUGACUCUGCUGAUCCUUCUUCUCGCUACCAUCUACCUUGGUUACUACAUCCUACUGCCUUCUCUCACUGAUGAGUUUCCAUGUGACCUGCAGACCGGAGUGCUUAAAAACGACAGCACGGUGCCAUCUGCUGUUCAGUGUAAACUUGUAGCAGUAGGUGUCUUCAGGCUGCUCAGCUACAUAAACCUGGCUGUGUACGUGCUCCUUGCUCCGUUGGUGGUGUACGCGGCUCUUGGACCUGCUCGGCAGAGCUCCAGCUUUCUUCGACCUUAUGAGAUGCUGCCUGGUUUUGGUGGCUUGGGUGUGGUAACACCCAUUUACAACGACCUGAGUAUCUAUCUGCUGUUCCUGCAGGAAAACCUGAGCGAAGUCAAGUCAUUUAAGUGUCUGCAAGUGUUGGAGUUGUUGCAACAAGCUGGUGAUAGUGAGGAGUUCGACACUAUGUGUCUACUACGAACUCUGGGUCAAGUGAAGACAGAUGUGAUAGACAGUAAGAAGACUUGUUCACGCAAGAACAUCAAAGCCUCAAAUGAUUCUGGUGAAUAGUUAAACUGAGGUAGGGAAGAACAUUUGGUACACUGCCUGAGGCGGAUUAUCUUCUGCUGAAAUAAAUGGCUAGAACUUGGAUUUAACCUCUGUGGCUUUCCUUCAGAUCACUCUGCCUUGUUUCUGAACAACAGAUGAUCAGAGCAAGUACUACUGUAAUGAAAAAGAAGGACUUGGAUUAAAAUCGGUGUACUUAUUUUUUUUUGAGAUGCUGCAUGUGUAGAGAACAAGUAUUUUCUCUAUGAAAUAUAUAGUGGAGAGUGUUUGCUUUUUGUAAACUGACAGUUAAAGGAGCAUGAGGCUCCUUUUAAGAAAUGAGACUCUCUAGCGCCACCCUUCACCACGACGGCCGUCGGGGGUACUGCAGCCAACAGCGAAGCCGGCACGGGAGAACGGGGAGAACGUGCAUGCAGCGUCAUGUGACGUCACAUCCGCCGCCCAGCGCGGGAAAUUCGGGACCAAAUUGCAGCACAUUUUGCAGCACACAGCCUGUUCAAGGCAAGGGAGAGAUACAAUAGAGGGCUCAUUCGUUUUGGUUUGGAACGCUUCAUCUGACAUUAUUACUAGAAAACUUAAAAAGUAUACUAAUUUUUUUCAUAAAUCCUGCCUCAAUCCUGCCUCAUGCUCCUUUAAGCUUUCAGAGGUUUUUUUUGGAGUUUUCACUACUAUAUGUGAAAACUCCAAGCCAAUACUAUAUGUGAAAAAUCCAAGCCAAGGCCAAGUAUGUUGGGUCUGCUCAUCUGUUACUAACCAUAAAUGUUUUUAUGAAAGGAAUUUCUUUUCAUUCGUUCAUGUUUUAUGGUACAAAAAGUCAAAGUGAGUCAAAAUGUUGAGAACUAAACUGCAUAUUCAGAAGGGACCCUUCAGAACCCUGGCUAAGAUGUUUGACAUCAAGGUUGCAAGAGCAAACGGGAUGCAUUUUGAGUAAGUUGAAUACAAAUAUGAGCCCUUGCAAGCCACUAAAGCUUGGGGCAAAACAACCCAAGCUAGCGGGAAGGCCCUCAGUUCCUCAGAGAGCUUGCCUGUCGCUUAGCGCCUUGCUACCAUUAAAUAGAAGGGGCAAAAUGAUGCUGAUGUUGUUGACCAUCUCAAUGCCACAGAAAGAAAGCCUGGUCCUUUCUGAAUCCUGUAUUUAUUUAUUUGUAUGAGCCAAUUACCUUCUACAUGCAUAUUUAUACAUAUUCAACUAUAUUGUGGAAUUUAACUUGCUGUAACUGUGAAUGUGCGUUUGUCUCCAAGCAUUGGCCCUGUGAUGGAGUAAUAACCUUUCUAUGACAUAUCUGGUUGUGUUAGAGGGCAAGACAUUGUUUAUUUAUAUGUUUUGAUAGUAAGUAUGUAGUUAACAGCUGUAGCACACUAUAGUUUAUCUGGUGUAGUGCAGUGUUCGUAACAUGAAAGGAAAGCAAGCCCUAAAUUGUACAAAUUAAUGUGAUUUACCCCAUUUCAGCUGUAUGAGACAAGAAUUCAUAGGGAGAGGGAAAUAAAAUAUCAACGCCAUUACUGUUAGAGAGGAAGCCACUCAGGCUUUAAAAAGCCAUAUUGCAAUUUAGUAAUAUUUCAGGUAUUUCAGGUAUUAUCAGGUAUGAUCAUGGUCUCUUUGGUUUGCCUUAUUAAUGUUGUCACCAGAUUCAUAGAUUGUGAUAAUUAAGAUAUCUCAAAAUACAGAAAACCACUGCCCAUUAAUGUUUCAUUAUGAACAGUAAGUGUAAAGGCUGGGCUGAAAAUUGAAAUUUGUUAAAAAGACUUUAUGUAUUUAGUCAACAUAAAACCUAUUUUGCCAACCAACUAUCCAAAUGAAGGACUGUGAAUUCCAUUUCUGUCACCUAUUCAAGCAUAUUCCCACCUGAAUAUUCAAGACCUGUAUAAUGUUUUAUACAGCAAAUAGCUGUCCUGCAAUAAAUACAUAAUGGAAAAUGU